AUCCUAGUCAGCCACCCCUGCUUCCUUCUUCUUCCCAAGUUCUCAUCGAGGGUUUUCCUCUCUCUCUCUCGCAUCGCAUCCAUCCCCUCGUGUCGCCGCCGGCGGAGGCUGCGGCGAGCCUUCACCCCCCACCCGCCCACCGCCGGCGAGCCACGGCGUGGGCGACCUCCUCUCCUCUCCCGAUCCCCUCUCGCCCUUAGGUAGGGGCUUCUCCCCAGUCCCCACCACACGCGCGUGCGUGGCCGACGAGCACCCCAGGUUCGGAUCGGAUGGAAGACCAGAAGAAAAAUGCAAAACCAGAGGGGUCUUCUGGCUCGCAAAGGGGAGCUCCCCCGGCACCUGAUGCAGGCCUUCCCAAUCCUUUUGAUUUUUCUCAGUUUAGCAACUUGCUCAAUGAUCCAUCUAUAAAGGAGAUGGCAGAGCAGAUUGCAAGCGACCCUGUGUUCACCCAGAUGGCAGAGCAGCUGCAGAAGAGUGCUCAUGUGACCGGGGAACAGGGUGGCCCUGCAUUGGAUCCUCAGCAGUACAUGGAAACAAUGACACAAGUCAUGCAAAACCCUCAAUUCAUGUCAAUGGCAGAACGUCUUGGGAAUACUCUUAUGCAGGAUCCUGGAAUGUCCAGUAUGCUCGAGAGUUUGACUAGUCCUUCUCAUAAGGAGCUGCUUGAAGAGCGGAUGUCCCGUAUUAAAGAAGAUCCCUCUUUGAAGGGGAUUCUUGAUGAGAUAGAGAGUGGUGGUCCAUCUGCUAUGGUGAAGUACUGGAAUGACCCUGAAGUUCUUCAAAAGAUUGGUCAGGCUAUGUCAAUUAAUUUUCCAGGAGAUGCUGCUACUUCCACUACAUUGUCUGGACCUGAAGAAACUGAAGAGGAUGGUGGAGAUGAUGAUGAGUCCAUUGUCCAUCAUACUGCCAGUGUUGGCGAUGCGGAGGGUCUGAAGAAAGCUUUAGAGGAUGGAGCAGACAUGGAUGAAGAAGACGCUGAGGGAAGAAGGGCCUUACAUUUUGCGUGUGGUUACGGUGAGUUGAAAUGCGCAGAGAUCCUUCUGGAGGCAGGUGCUGCUGUAAACGCACUGGAUAAGAACAAGAACACCCCACUGCAUUACGCUGCUGGAUAUGGUCGGAAAGAAUGUGUGGAUCUUCUGCUGAAGCAUGGCGCUGCUGUCACGCCCCAGAAUCUGGACGGGAAGACCCCCAUCGAGGUGGCCAAGCUGAACAACCAGGAUGAGGUCCUCAAGGUGCUCGAGAUGGACGCUUUCCUAUAAAGAAACCAAUGCCAAAUCUCACGCUCAUCAUCACCGGCUCGUCGCUUUACAGUUCAGAUUUUUACUGCAUACCCAAAUCAUCAUCGACUCUUUUAGCUUUGGUUUUGGUGUGGUGGUGGUACAUUCGUUGAAUCGUUGCUAUGUUUGGUGCUCCGAUUUGUAAUCUGUUUCACUUCCCCGUUACACUGCAUCACUCCGUUUCAUCCUUUGUAUUCCUAUGUUGCUGAGUCUGGUGUUGCAGACGUUGCUCCUGUUUUUCUCA